CCUUAACUACCAGUGACUACUAUUGUGUCUAACGUUUGCCCUUCUUCAACGCCUCCCUAAUCCAAGCUCCUCAGUCCUCAGCCUUCUAUCCUUGAAGCCUUUUCUCCAAUAAACUACAAAUUAGCAGCACAAACACAACACUACUGCGACCACAAAGGAUCCAACGGCGGGGUGAAACCUCGAGCUGUGAUUGAUGGCGGCCUCGAUGGUGCAGCUCCUGAGGCUGUGGUGGCGACGAGGUGGGAGAGAUCGCGUGGUAGCGUUUGCUGGUUUCGGGAUCCUUGUUCUCACUCUCUUAUUCACAGUCAGUUCUCUGUUUCACGACGCCGGGGAAAGGACCGCCUUCGUCGGGCAAUCGGAUGGUCCUGUGUUGGUUGACCUCACCCUCGUCCAUGAUGCUGAGAAGAAGGGCGCCGUGUGCUUGGAUGGAAGUCCGCCAGGGUAUUAUCUUCAUCGAGGUUUUGGUUCCGGGGCUGAUAGCUGGGUUGUUCAUCUUGAGGGUGGGGGUUGGUGUGAUUCCAUAGCUUCUUGUUCUUCACGGUCUCGGACGCCUUUAGGUUCAUCACAUUACUUUGAAAGCCAGAUCCACUUUUAUGGCAUUCUAAACAAUCACCCAUCGCUGAAUCCUGAUUUCUAUAACUGGAACAGAGUCAAGGUGAGGUAUUGUGAUGGUGCAUCAAUGGCAGGGGAUGUAGACAAUGAAUCACAGAACUCUACGAACCUCUUCUUCAGAGGAAAGCAUGUCUGGGAAGCCGUCAUGCAUGAACUCUUGUCAAAAGGACUGGCGAAUGCUAAGCAGGCCCUUCUCACAGGAUGUUCAGCUGGAGGUCUAGCAACUUUCAUUCAUUGUGAUGAUUUUCAAGCACUCUUGCCCAAGCAGACCACUGUUAAAUGUCUUCCAGAUGCUGGCUUUUUCCUUAAUGCAGAGGAUAUUUCUGGGAAAAGGACAUUGGGAUCAUUUUACCAUAAUGUUGUCCACCUUCAGGAUCUUACAAAACAUUUGUCAAAAGGUUGCAUCUCGAAGACUGAACCAUCUCAAUGUUUCUUUCCACAAGAGUUCAUCAAAUAUAUACGCACCCCACUUUUUAUCCUCAACCCUGCAUAUGAUGCUUGGCAGGUGCAACAUGUUCUCGCACCAUAUAAAUCUGACCCUCAAGGAGACUGGCAGAGAUGCAGACUAAAUAUCCACAAUUGUGACCAGAAGAAUAUUGAAGCCCUCCAAGGCUUCAGGAACAAGAUGCUUAAUGCCUUGACUGAAUUUCGCAAAAGUAAAAAUGGGGGCAUGUUCAUAAAUUCCUGUUUUACUCACUGUCAGACGCAUAGUAACAUCACAUGGCACUCACCAACAUCUCCCAAAAUCAAUAACAGGACAAUCGCAGAAGCUGUCGGGGACUGGUUUUUUAAUAGAAGAGAGGCAAAGGAAAUUGAUUGCCCUUAUCCGUGCAAUCCCACCUGCUAUCAUCUUGAUCUGAAUGCAAUUUGGCCAGGUGCAUGAGGCUAAUGCUCCAUCAGCUUCAACAUUCCUUUUUAACUUAGGUUUUGUUGCUUUGUGUGAUUGUUGAACAUACUAAUGAAUUUAUUCUUUUGAUAUGAUAUUCAUGUAAAACUACCAUUGAUAAAUUUCUAUACCAUAUUGGUCCCAUUAUCAAAUUAUGAUGUUUAAAAAGAACAGUAUAUGA